AUGGCCGCGAAGUCGGACGGCGGCGGCGGCCCGGCCGUGCGGCUGGAGAGCCCGGAGGGGGGCGGCGGGAGGCGGGAGGGCAGCGCGACCCCCCCGGCGCGGCGGUACCGGCUGCGGGACGGCUGCUGGGUGCUCUGCGCCCUCCUGGUCUGCUUCGCCGACGGUGCCUCGGACCUGUGGCUGGCGGCCCAUUACUACGUGCGGGGGCAGCGGUGGUGGUUCGGGCUGACGCUGCUCUUCGUGCUGCUGCCCUCGCUCGUGGUGCAGCUCCUCAGCUUCAGGUGGUUCGUGUACGACUUCGCCGCCGGCAGCACCAAGGACAGCGCCGGCAGCACCAAGGACAGCGCCCGCGGCCCCCGCGGCUGCUGCCGCCUCUGCGUCUGGCUGCUGCAGGGCCUGAUCCACCUCCUGCAGCUGGGGCAGGUCUGGAGGUACCUCCGCACGCUGUACCUGGGGCUGCAGAGCCGCUGGCAGGCCGAGCACCGCCGCCGCCACUUCUACUGGCGGAUGAUGUUCGAGAGCGCGGACAUCAGCAUGCUGAGGCUGCUGGAGACCUUCCUGAAGAGCGCGCCGCAGCUCGUGCUGCAGCUCAGCAUCAUGGUGCAGCAGAGCAACAUCGAGCCGCUGCAGGGGCUGUCGGCCUCUGCCUCGCUGCUCUCCCUGGCGUGGAUGAUCGCUUCCUACCAGAAGGUGCUGCGGGACUCGCGGGAGGACAAGAUGCCCAUGUCCUACAAGGGGGCCGUGGUGCAGAUCCUGUGGCACCUCUUCACCAUCGCCGCCCGUGCCAUCGCCUUCGCCCUCUUCGCCUCCGUGUUCCAGCUCUACUUCGGCAUCUUCAUCGUCACCCACUGGUGCAUCAUGACCUUCUGGAUCAUCCAGGGCGAGACGGACUUCUGCAUGUCCAAGUGGGAGGAGAUCAUCUACAACAUGGUGGUGGGCAUCAUCUACAUCUUCUGCUGGUUCAACGUCAAGGAGGGACGGAGCCGCUACCGCAUGUGCAUCUACUACAUCAUCACGCUGUCGGAGAACGCCGCCCUCACCAUCCUCUGGUUCCUCUACUACGACCGCAAGGCCACCUCCGACUUCCACGCCUUAAUCCUCGUCUGCGUGGUCAGCUCCAGCUUCGCCCUCGGCAUCUUCUUCAUGUUCAUCUACUACUGCCUCUUGCACCCCAACGGCCCCAUGUUCGGCCCCCGCGCCGGGGGAUGCAUUUUCCGGCAGCGGCCGGCCCCGGCGCCGGGGUCCCCCACGGACGCCGUCACCAGCCCGCCCCGCUCGCUGCCGCGGACUACAGGGGGGGAGCGGGACGGGGCGCCGGGGGAGCGGGACAGCUGCGUGCCCGUCUUCCAGGUGAGACCCUGCGCCCCGCCGGCGCCGGCCGCCCGCGCCCCCCGGACAGAGGGACCCGUCAUCCGCAUUGACCUGCCCAGGAAGAAGUACCCGGCCUGGGACGCCCACUUCAUCGACCGGCGCCUGCGGAAGACCAUCCUGGCGCUGGAGUACGCGUCGCCCACCACCCCGCGCCUGCAGUACCGCACCCCGGGUGCACCCCAGGAGCUGCUGGAGUACGAGACCACCGUGUAG